AUGGACGUGUUGCUCAACGUUACGCGAGGUCUGUCGUGGCGUACUCUGGGCGGAGAUGGUGAUCAAGUGAAUUUUGCCGACUUGGACUUUGGGCCAUUUGAAAGGAAUGAACAAAUAAAGCAAAUGAUUUUGAAAAGCGCCAAAUACGGAAUCAUCGCCCAAGAUCUGCCACACGUCAUUCUCUUCAUCUUUGGAACUUUUCUAUUCGGAGCUGUGAUCAGAACUCUGCUGAAGAGAAUAAAGCUUCCGUACACUGUAAUUGUCUGCAUGUCCGGUAUUGCUUUUGGGGCAUUAAGUGUCAAGUAUCCAUUGGUGCGCAAGUACAGUGAAACUAUUGCAAACAUCAAUCCAUUGCUGCUUAUUCAUACAUUUAUGCCAGUUUUGAUAUUCAGCAGUGCAUUUGAAAUUGAAUCUCACAUAUUUUUGAAGUCACUUUCACAGGUGGUGCUUUUGGCUGGUCCCGGUUUGGUCCUGAGUGGUGCAAUGAUUGCUCUUUUGGCUGUUGACGUUUACACGUUCAACUGGGAUUGGUACGUUGGCAUGAUGUUUGGGUCAAUUCUUGCCUGCACUGACUCCAUUACAGCCGUCGCUCUGCUUAAGAACCUAGGUGCAUCUAAAGCUCUUACUCUAUUGAUUGAAGGGGAAUCAUUGCUGAAUGAUGGCACUUCUAUUGUCAUGUUUGAAGUCUUUCGAGAUCUUGCUCUUGAACCACUUGAAGUUGAAGCUAUUGAACUUGCUUUAAGGCUGAUGCUGAAGACGCUUGUAAGCCCAUUAUUUGGAUAUACAAUGGCCAAAAUCACCAUGUUUUGCCUGACCUAUAUUUUUAAUGAUGGUUUAACAGAGAUAACAAUGAGUUUGGCAAUUACUUACAUAACAUUCUAUGUCGGUGAAUGGGUUGGUAUGUCAGGUGUAAUAUCUGUUACAUUUAUGGGACUAUUUAUGGAUACAGUGAGUUUUAGCCCAGAUAUUGAGCUAUUCUUAUUGCGCUUUUGGGAAAUGUUAACAUACCUAGGUAAUACUCUCAUCUUCAUGAUCGUUGGAGUUGUCAUAUCACAAAGAGCAUUGGAAAAUAUGUCCAUCACUGAUGGCUUUUUCAUCAUAGUACUUUACUUUGGAAUAAAUACUGUGCGGCUGGUGAUUAUUGUGGGUUUGUCACCAUUGCUGACACGUUUGGGCAAUGGUUUCAAUUGGCGCUGGGCAGCUGUUUGCAUCUGGAGUGGUACAAAAGGUGCUUUCACUCUCACUUUAGCUCUUAUGGCAUACCAGUUGGAAGGACUUGAUGAAGUGAAUGUCAGAAACAAGAUACUGCUGCAUGUUUCGGGAAUUGUAGUAUUGACACUGCUAAUCAAUGGUACCACAAUGGGAUGGAUCAUCGAUACCUUGGGUCUUAGUGAUAUUCCAGCCCCUAAGCGGAUGGCUAUGUAUAGUGCAAUCCAGCGUAUCAGAGAAAGUGAGGCCAACUCAUUUUCUUUAUUGAAAAUGGAUAGAUUCCUUGCAGAUGCAAACUGGGUAAUGGCAGAAAAAUUAGUGCAGAUUGAUGACCCAUACAGGAGACAUCAAAAAAAUGUUAAUAUUGAUGAAAUUUUGCCAAGCACUAAAACAGCUCGUUGCCCUGACUGUGAGAAGACUAUUCCUUGGGAACCUUCCCUUCGUGAGAUAGAUGAUAUGAUGGAAGAAGCCAGGAUACGUCUUUUAAAGGCUCAAAAGACCAGUUAUUGGCGGCAAUAUAGUGCAGGUAUGCUUAACCGUCAAGCAGCACGAACGCUGAUUAGUAUCACUGAGAACAUGAUUGAUUCUGGAAGAAGCAGAAUUUCAAAAUAUUGCCAUCGAAUGGUAUUCAGCAAUGCAUUUGAAUGUUUUAUGUACCUGGUCAUCCUACUUAAUGUCUUCCCAAUCAUCUUGGAAUACAUUCCCGAUAUAAAUUUAUAUCAUGCGUUAGAACUGCGAUCGACCAAUUAUGUUUUCUUCGUUAUAUAUGUAACAGAAGCAAUUAUGAAGAUUCUUGCUGUGCGUAAAGUCUAUAUCUUUGAUCACUGGAACCAAUUUGACCUAUUCAUCAUCACAUUAGCAGCAGCUGAUAUUAUAAUUGAUCACCUCUUUGAUCGCAGUGAGCACAAGGUCCGUACAGUUCGAAUUUUCAGAUUGAUACGCCUUGCCAGGGUUCUUCGGCUUUUGAAGAUUAUGUUACCAACCUUCAUACAUCUUCUCAACAAACAGAUUAACAAACAACUGUGCUUUGGAUAUGACAUUGGAAAAGGAUAUGUUGUAGGAGAAGAGGAUGUUGCUCAUCUUAUUGAUCACAUUUCAGACCAAAAAGUGAUCUCUCAGCAACUGAGAAAUAUUGUGCAGAGAAAUCAUCAAGACGCAAUAAAAGAAUUGGGUCUUCUACAACGUGACCAUCCAGAGAUAGCAAUAUCAGUAAAGACCAGACAGGCAGUCCGAACUGUGCUUAACAGUGCCAGGGACACGGUCCAUGCUUUAAUGUCUGGAGGUCUUCUUGAUGAUGCAGAAGCAUUAAAACUACAAACGAUGAUUGAAGUAAAGAUGAUGCGUCUUCUGAAAUUCCCUCCUUCCAUACAACCUCCAACUGCUGAAGAGCUGCUAAAAAAUUUGCCCUGGCUGCAGAAUGCAGAGAAGCAGAUUGAGUUCAUUAAGUACAGAGCAAAACUGCUUUACUUCGAUUAUGGAGAUAUUGUUGUGCACCAAGGAGAACAUCCACGAGGGAUUCAUCUGAUUGUAUCAGGAAUGGUUAGGCUGUGGCAUUGA